AACGCGCCACCAUUAAUGGAGACCAUUCAAUUAUUCGGAAAUUAUUCAAUUUCUAUACGUUCGGCUGUUAGCCGGUUUUUUUCCUUUGCUCUGCUCGCGCGAUGUAUGUAAAAUCGGUACCCCCAUCAUCAUCCCGCACGGUUUGCGGAGUGUCGAAUCGCUGGCUUUUAGAUCAACACUUCGCGCAGAAGCCCGUUCACGUCACCUUGCUGUUCUGUUGGCUGUGCCAAAUCUGCUCCACCGAUGGAGUUCCUUCCGUACUCUGCCGUUGCGUUUGCCGUCGUCGUUGCCACCGCGAGUGCAUUCAACCUGCAUCUGGCCGAACUGGACGCGGUCGAUGACUUUGACGGAGUGCCGGUGUCCACCAAGCUGAGUGCGGCAAACUUUGAGCAGCAGCUCAACUCGACCAAGUUCUACCUGGUGCUGUUCUAUGCGCCCUGGUGCGAGUACUGCCUCCGCUGGCUACCCCAGUGGACCGACCUGGCCGCGAUGGUUCGCGACAAAUUUGCCGGAUCCGUGCGCGUUGGUCACCUGGACUGUAUCCGCGAGGAGGCGUUCUGCUCGCGUCUCAGCGUCGAAGAGUAUCCCACGUUGCGGGUGUACUCACGUGGGCCACCCAGAAGCGUUGAAGCGGUGCAACCGUACGAGCUAGAGGAUACCGUGGACUACCUGCAGGAGUACGUGUUCAAUCCACCCGGCGACGAUAGUGAUAGUGACGCGAUUGUGUAGUGCGGGGUCUAGUCGGUGUAUAGUGUUUAAGGUUAAAGAUGUGUUAAGUGUUGUCUGAAAGAAUUAAAAGCUUAC